AAACUCCCAUCACUAUAUAAUAAUAGUUUCUCGUGCGUGCGGGCAGAAAUUCUUUGGAACUUUUUGUAACCCUUCUCUGCCACGUAAAUUGAAUUAGUAGUAGCGCCAGAUCCCAACAAGAUGAUCAUCUAUACGAACGAGGGCAAUCCGCUGGGACUGCAGCUGCUGAUGCUGGUCAAGCACGCCAAGCGGCAGGUGCAGGUGCAGCUGGUUAACCUAAAUGAUCCCAAGUACAAGGACCUGCUGGUGCUGCCCACGCUGCAGCUGGACAAUGGUCUCUCCCUGUUCUCGCCGGCGGCCAUUGCCAAGUAUCUGCUCGUGGACGAGGGAAAGCAGCGGGACGAGUGGCUGGAGUGGUCUGCCACGUUGCUGGCUCCGGCUCUGGCUCACCACAUGGCCGUGGGUCACAAGGCGGAUGCCAAUGCUUUGCCCGUGCUAAAUGCCUUGGUGAAGAAGCUGGACGAUAGCCUACAGUCAUCACCUUUUCUGGCUGGCGACAAACUAACCGCCGCUGACAUAGCCGUGUGGUCACUCCUGGCACCUGAAGGUACUCUAAAAGGAGCCCAGAACGUGGAUCGUUUGAGGGAUUGGUAUGGACGCAUUAAAGUUCUACCCGAAGUGCAGGAGGUCUUGGCUGAGCAGCCGCUGAAAGACCUCAGCUUCAAUGCCCUGCAGCAGUCCAAUCGCUAUGGCGGCUUGUACCAUAUUCCUCUCAAGCGUCUCAGCGUGGCAGAUGCGGGCAAACUUCUUGUGGAUACCACGCCCACUGUGGCGGACACGGUGACUGAUGAUGAGAUCAAAGCAGCACAGGCUGCCUUCACCUACACAGCUCCCAAAGAGAUUAAGGAGGAGCGAACAGUGCUGCCCAAGGCUGGGCAACGGAACGUGCUCAUCACAUCGGCUCUGCCGUAUGUCAACAAUGUUCCCCAUCUGGGCAACAUCAUUGGUUGUGUUCUGUCCGCGGAUAUCUUUGCCCGUUACUCCCGUUCCGCUGGCUACAAUACUCUGCUGAUUUGCGGAACCGAUGAGUAUGGCACGGCCACGGAGAACAAGGCUUUGGCCGAGAAACUGACGCCGCGCGAGAUCUGCGACAAGUACUUUGAGCUGCACAAUGGCAUCUACCGAUGGUUUGGCAUUGGCUUUGAUUACUUUGGACGCACCACGACCCAGGAGCAAACGGACAUUGUCCAGGAGGCCUUCAAGGAUGUCCUCAAGGCCGGCUACAUCAUCACAGAGAGCGUAGAGCAGCUGCUUUGCCAGAAGUGCGAUCGUUUCCUGGCUGAUCGCUUUGUGGAGGGCACUUGCCCGCAUCCUGGCUGCGGUUACGAGGAUGCCCGCGGCGAUCAGUGCGACAAGUGUGGCAAGCUGGUUAAUGCCACCGAGCUAAUCCGUCCUCGCUGCAAGGUGUGCAACAGUGCGCCUGUCCUACGUUCCUCCGAUCAGUUGUUUAUUGAUCUGCCCAAGGCGGAACCCUACCUCAAGGAUUGGGUGGACAAAUCAGAGGGCGGCUGGACACACAAUGCCAAGGUGAUCACCCGAGCCUGGCUGAAGGAGGGCCUUAAGCCACGCUGCAUAACCCGGGACCUUAAGUGGGGCAUUCCUGUCCCUCAUCCUGGCUUCGAGAAGAAGGUCUUCUACGUGUGGUUCGAUGCUCCCUUCGGCUAUGUCUCCAUGACCAAGCGUUAUACCAAGGAAUACCAGCAGUGGUGGCAACCCGUGAAGGGCACCGAUGUAGAGCUCUUCCAGUUCAUGGCCAAGGACAAUGUGCCCUUCCAUUCGGUGGUCUGGCCCAGUGUUUUGCUGGCCAUCAACAAGGGUCACACCUUGGUCUCCCACAUCAUGGCCACCGAGUAUCUGAAUUAUGAGGAUGGAAAGUUCAGCAAGAGUCGCGGCAUUGGUGUCUUUGGCAAUGAUGCCCAGGAGACGGGCAUUCCCGCGGAUGUCUGGCGCUUCUACUUGGCCUCGGCCCGUCCCGAGGGUCAGGACUCCAGCUUCAGUUGGAACGAUUUGGCGGCGCGCAAUAACUCGGAGCUGUUGAAUAAUCUCGGCAACUUUGUGAACCGCGCUUUGGUCUUCUGCGAGAAGAACUUCAACAGCACGGUGCCGGAGGUGGUGGCCACCCAGGAUGAUUUGAUCCUGCUGGCCCUGGUCAACCGUGAGCUGAGGGGUUAUAUUAACUCCCUGGAGAAGGCCAAGCUGCGCGAUGGCAUCCGUCAUUUGCUUGCCAUUUCCCGCCAUGGCAAUGGCUACAUGCAAACCCAGCAGCCCUGGGUGCUGCUCAAGGGCAGCGCCGACCAAAAGACGAGGGCUGCCACUAUCAUCGGUCUUUGUGCCAACAUUGCCUGCCUGCUGGCCAAUCUCCUCUUCCCCUACAUGCCAGCCACGGCCAGGACUCUGUUUGGCCAGCUCAAUGCCAAGCAGACGCCGCUGAAUGCAGACAAACCCCUGGCCACUCUGCUGCUUCCCGCUGGUCACAAGAUCGGCAAACCUGCUCCCCUAUUCGCCAAACUGGAGCAGUCCUUUAUCGAUGAGCUCAAGAGCAAAUACGGCGGAGACCAGGUUGCUGCUGUGCAGAGCCCAGGCAACGCUGCGGAACUGGAAAAAGCUGUACAGGAUCAGGCUGAUAAGGUGCGUCAGCUAAAGGCCAGCACCAAGGACAAGGCCGUGUGGCAACCGGAAGUUAACAAGCUGCUGGACCUGAAGAAACAGCUAGAAGAGGCUAAGAAGGCAACACCCGCUGCCAGUGCCACUCCAGCUCCCGCUUCCUCGAAUGGAAAGCAGUCAGUGCAGGACCUGGAGAAGGCCAUCCAGGAGCAAGGCGACAAGGUGCGCAAACUAAAAGGCAGCACAAAAGACAAGGCCGUGUGGCAGCCGGAAGUAAAUGUCCUGCUCGAGCUCAAGAAGCAACUGGAGGCGGCCCAGAAGGCAGCCAAGGCAGCUCCUGCCGCUGUUCCCGCUCCUACUCCAGCCCCCGCAGCCACUUCCUCGGUGGAUCCUACCCAGGUCAAGGCAUUAGAAGACAAAAUAGCCCAACAGGGCGAAAAAGUAAGAACCCUGAAGGCUGCCGGCAAUGCUGACGUGUGGAAGCCCGAAGUGGCUACCCUCUUAGCCCUGAAGAACGAACUGGCGGCACUGACUGGAGCACCUGCCGCCGGUGGCCAAAACAAAGGCAAGAAGAAGAAGUAGGGCUGGAAAAUCGGAGACUUUAUAAACACAACACUGGCUGGACAUUUUUACCUCAUUUCCCUAAUCGCGCAUUCGAUGGAAAACCCAAUAGUCACGAACUGACACAGUUCUACACAUUUCUUUUUAAGUUAUUGCGUUGGCAUUUAACAAAAUUUGUAUUUAUUUGAAGUAUGGCUAAAUAUUCAGUUAGUAAUUUAUUGAGUUUUGUGAAGGAAACAUUAAAUCCAUUGACUUUUCAACGU